AUGAGAGAUAUGGCAUUUUGGGGUUGUUUUGUUGGUGAAGUGUGGCUUUCUGCAACUUAUGGUCGUCCGAGUGCUAUAGAUGAAGCAACUUGCGGUCAACACCAAGAAAAUCAAUUCAAAUUUUUGGAUGCUGCAUUAGGAAGAUGGUUUUAUACUCUUCCUAAUUGGUUGAAAUUUGAAGAAAUGGCUCAAGAUGUUAAAGGAAGUUUUUUAGGUUCAAUUGGAGGAGAAAUGCAUACUUUAUUUUGGACGGUACUUAUUCUACUUCAUAGUCGUAAUUUGACAAUGUUCACAUCAAACCAUUUACCGAUUAACAAUAUUGAUGAAGAAACUAGAAUAUCAUCACAAGCAAUCUGUUUUCAUGCAGCUACAAUACUUUUGCAUUGGCUUGAUGUAUUGAUGAAUUCUGUAUCAGAUUUUUUUGAACAAUCAUGUACAGCAUUAUUUUCAAUAGCACCAGCUAUCAGAGUUUUAUCAUGGACAGCACAAAAAGGGGACGAAAAGGCUGCAAGUAUGGUGCAACGACUAAAAGAAAUCAAAAACCAAGUUAGGGAAAUUGCUAGGAGAAGGUUUGGUGGUGAGGGUAGAUUGGAUGGCGAGAUGACAUUGAAAAAUUUGUUGAUUAGUGCAAAAGAAGAGGAAACUAAAAAUGCACAACAGAUUAAAUCAGAAAAUGGCUUUACAUUGUUUGAAUUUGAUGAGCACGAUAAUUAUUUUUCUCAUACAACAACUAAUAACAAUGGCAAUAAAGGAAGAAAACAUAGUUAUAAUAGAAGAAAAAAUAAUAUACGGUUUCAAUAA